AGUUAGGGAAUGGGGCUUGAAAUAGAACUCAAAUGGAAUCAAGAGAUCUAAAUCAAGUUCAGGUGACUGCUCAUUUAGUUUGAACUUAGAACACAUCACAGGCCUUGGUUUUGUUACCUACAAAAGUAAGUGUAUUGGAUGAGAUGGCCCUUGUACCUCCUCUGAUAUUUCCCCUGACUUCUUGUCUCUGGCAGGCCCCCAACCUUUAGCUAUCACUUUCACCCUGCCCUUAAUUUAAGGGAGGAAGGUGUAGGACUGAACGAUGGGAAGAGGGAAUGGAGGCCUCAGUUGGGGUUGGAGGUCCCAGAAUCCUCUCCAGAAUCUCUACCUUGGUCUCUGCCAACAUUUAGCCCCCACCCCUAACUCCCAUCCCCUGUCCGUGGUCACAGCUGCCAGGACCCUGGGAACCAGGUGAGAGUGCCCCCUGGUGUUGACUAGCAACACUGCAGUCAGUGGUCCCACUUCCUUCUCCCCUUCUAGGUGGAAUACCUGCUGAAGAAGGUGCUGAGCAGCCUGAGCUUGGAGGCCGGCUUGGGUGAGCUGGAGGAGCUGCUGGCCCAGGAGGCCCAGGCAGUCCAGACGUCUGGAGGCCUCAGUGUUUGGCAGUUCCUGGAGCUCUUCAACUCAGGCCGCUGUCUGCGAGGCGUGGGGCGGGAUACCCUCAGCAUGGCCAUCCAUGAGGUCUAUCAAGAGCUCAUUCAGGAUGUCCUGAAACAGGGCUACCUGUGGAAGCGAGGGCACCUGAGGAGAAACUGGACAGAACGUUGGUUCCAGCUGCAGCCCACCUGCCUCUGCUACUUUGGGAGUGAAGAGUGCAAGGAGAAAAGGGGCACAAUCCCUCUGGACUCGCAGUGCUGCGUGGAGGUGCUGCCUGACCGGGAGGGGAAGCGCUGUAUGUUCUGUGUGAAGACUGCCACCCGCACAUACGAAAUGAGCGCCUCGGACACACGCCAGCGCCAGGAGUGGACGGCAGCCAUCCAGACAGCCAUCCGACUGCAGGCCGAGGGGAAGAUGUCACUGCACAAGGAUCUAAAACAGAAGCGGCGCGAGCAGCGGGAGCAGCGGGAGCGGCGUCGGGCAGCCAAGGAAGAAGAGCUGGUGCGGCUGCAGCAGCUGCAGGAGGAGAAGGAGCGGAAGCUGCAGGAGCUGGAGCUGCUGCAGGAGGCGCAGCGGCAGGCUGAGCGCCUGCUGCAGGAGGAGGAGGAGCGGCGCCGCUGCCAGCACCGCGAGCUGCAGCAGGCGCUCGAGGGCCAGCUGCGCGAGGCGGAGCAGGCCAGAGCAUCCAUGCAGGCUGAAAUGGAGCUGAAGAAGGAGGAAGCUGCCAGGCAGCGGCAACGCAUCCAGGAGCUGGAGGAAAUGCAGCAGCGGCUUCAGGAGGCCCUGCAACUGGAGGUGAAAGCUCGGCGAGACGAAGAGUCCGUGCGCCUAGCCCAGACCAGACUGCUGGAGGAGGAGGAGGAGAAGCUGAAGCAGUUGCUGCUGCUGAAGGAGGAACAGGAGCGAUACAUAGAGAGGGCGCAGCAGGAGAAGCAGGAACUGCAGCAAGAGAUGGCACUUCAGAGCCGCUCCCUGCAGCAAGCCCAGCAGCAGCUGGAGGAGGUGCGGCAGAACCGGCAGAGAGCUGAUGAAGAUGUGGAGGCAGCCCAGAGGAAAUUGCGCCAGGCUAGCACCAACGUGAAACACUGGAAUGUCCAGAUGAACCGGCUCAUGCAUCCAAUUGAACCUGGAGACAAGAGACCUGUCAGCAGCAGCAGCUCCUUCACAGGCUUCCAGCCCCCUCUACUUGCCCGCCGUGACUCCUCCCUAAAGCGCCUGACCCGAUGGGGAUCCCAGGAGAACAGGACCCCCUCACCCAGCAGCAAUGAACAGCAGAAGUCCCUCAACGGUGCGGAUGAGGUUCCCGUCCCAUCUUCCACCCCUCAGGAAGAUAAACUGGACCCGGCACCAGAAGAUUAAUCUCUGCUAAUCUCUUAUCCCCUUGACCUGAUGCCCACAUGAACCUGGCCACAGCUGGCCUGUGGGAGACCCUGAUUCCUGCAGAAGAGGGAGGUGAGGAUCUGGCAUCAGGAGCCCAGGCCCAUAUGGAACCUGGUUCAUUUUUUGUACCAGCCCCAAGCCCCAAAGCAUUGAGUCUGUUUGGGGUGCUGAUCCUUGAGACCCUCUGCCUUAAUCCCCAAGGAACUAAUGCCUUGUGUUGGAAAAGAAAAUCAACAAGCAAGCCAGGAGCCAACUUGCCUCCAGACUGCCAACAGUUGUAGGGACACAUUUCCAAAUAAAAACUGCUCUUGGAAUGAAUUGUUGAUUCAUUCAUUUCCAAUGAAUAAAAACUGCUAUUGGAAUGAAUGGGUCAUCAGGGCUGCUGUCCAUCUCUCCUGCCACUUCCUCCAUUAAAUCCCAUCAAGGGUCUAAGAAGAAGUAAGGUGUAGUACAGUGGCCAGAGUUUUGGUCAAGUUUCUCUACCUCUCUGUGCUUCAGUUAUAAACACAGAUAAUAGUAGUGUCUAUUUCUGUGUUGUGAGGAUUAAGUGGCUGGCACAUGACAGGCAAUAUGCAUAGCGUGCAGCAAUACUUAUGACGGGUCUCUCCUAUGCCCUGCAGUUUCACAGGUGAUUGAAUUACCAUGGCAACCCCUGAGAGGUAGAUAUUGUUACUCUCAUUUUACAUAUGGAGAAAUUGAGGCUCAGAGAAGUUAGGUUACUUGCCCAAAGUCUUCCCAACUUGCUUCUCUUCAUAUAUGAUCUGACUCACUGACCCUGUUGCUUGAGACAGAUCUGGGAAUCUGGGCUGGCUUGCUUCCUCCUCUUAUUCCCCUCAUAAAGCCCAUCAUCAAAUCCAAUAGAUCCUCUCCACCUCCAUACCCUCAUCUCUACCCCCACUUCUCCAUCCUCACAGCUAUUGUCACGGCUAAGGCCUUUCAAUCUUCUACUUGCAAACUGACCUUUUGCUUCUCCAUGUUGCUCCAACCUAACCCACCUCCAAGUCUAACUGAUUGAUUUGAGAGUCCAUCACUCUCAAAUCCUCCCUUGAGGCCAUUUCUCAUGGCCACUGCCUUAAUCUAGCCCUUGUCACCUUUCAACUAGAUCAAAGCAUUAACUGGGUUUCCUUGCUCAUCCUUCUCCCUGUGACUAUCUAAAUGGGUUUUCUUUCUUUCUUUCUUUCUUUUUUUAAAGAUUUGUUUAUUUAUUUAUUUAUUCAUA